CAGCACCGUCAUGGAACUUCAGCGGACGUAAACACUGAGUACGGAAUUGUAUUUAGUUUCGUCUGGUCGUCAUUGCAAUAACACAUUCAUUGAUACGCCGAUUACACACCUACAAAGAACACCUAAACCAGUUUAGCUAGUUUAUUAUUCUGUGAUGUGUUUGGAGUAAAAUAGACCCACUACGUCAGUUCUUCUGUAUUGUUCUUGUUGUAAAUAGGUAUAUAUGAGGAGGUGACGACACUGUUGAGGAACGUUUUGCACAAUGAAGUUACCACCAGCCAUUGCCUUCACAGUAUUAUUGUUGUGUACUAUAACACAAGAAACCUCCGCCAAUUGCCUAGGACCAAUCGACAAAGUGAGCCAGAAUGGGCAAAAAUCCUUGUACACUGGACAACAGGACUUCUCCUUGGCUCUGCUAAACGCUAUCAACAAGCUGUCACCAGAUGAUAACCUAUUCUUUUCGCCAUAUUCCACCUAUCAUGCUUUGUUGAUUGCUUUCUUUCUUGCUGGCAACCAGACCGAGAAAUUCUUGAGGAACACUCUGAGACUGGACAGUUCGCAGACUAAAAAUGAUAUCCACCUUGCCUACAAACUUGACAAAUUGCGAACAAACUUCACAAGUCUGCAGGCUGCCUACGAAUUCACGAGCGCUAACAAGAUUUUCGUCGGUGACGAUGUUCCAGUUAGAGACUGCAUAUUGGACCUCUUCAAGGACGAAAUUGCCAUUACCAAGUUCAAAACUGACGCUGAGAAUGCCAGAAACCAGAUAAAUCAGUGGGUCGAGGACAGGACAAACAAUAUGAUCAAGAAUCUGCUUCCACCAGGAAGCGUGGACGAGCUCACCGAUUUAGUACUGGUCAACGCGGCAUAUUUCAAAGGGAUGUGGUUGAAGAAGUUCAAUCCUUCCGAAACCAGGCAGGAAAUUUUCUACGUCAGCCCAACCAAACAGAUCAUGGUUGAUAUGAUGCACCUGGAGGGCACAUUCAAUUAUGAAGUGUCUGAAACUCUUGGAGCUCAUAUUUUGGAAAUGCCAUACAAAGGAGAAGACGUUAGCAUGUACAUCUUGCUGCCGCCUUUUUCGAAAACGAACAGAGCCCUGGAGAACACCCUCAGUAAACUGACCCUUCAAGAAUUCAGCAAUAUUGUCGAAGGAAAAAAUUCUUUCAGUCAUACUGUACAAGUGUCUUUACCUAAGUUUAGCUUGGAGCAGACCAUCGAAUUAGUGCCGGUUCUUGAAGAAUUAGGGGUUGGGGAUCUAUUCGAGUCAACUAGGGAUCUAUCAACAUUGUCCCCUAAACCCACUAAGCUCGACCAAGCUGUUCACAAAUCGCGCAUUGAAGUCACAGAAGAUGGGACAGAAGCAGCUUCUUCCACUGUGUUGUUCAGUUUCAGAUCAAGCAGGCCAAUUGAACCCGCUCAGUUUAACUGCAAUCAUCCCUUCAUUUAUAUAAUUUAUAAUAAGGCUGAACGUGCCACUUUGUUUAUGGGAGUUUUCAGGAGUCCUAACUAAUGGAGGGAGCAAUUAUUAUGCUAGCCCUCGACUAAUUUGUGAGUUUUAUGCAUGAAUACAACAAAAUUGACAACGUGAAUUAAUAUAUUUCAGAAAGUUAUUCUCCUAUACCCAGAAAUACUUUGUUGUGUUAUGCCACCAGUUAAAAGUGAAUGUCAAAGUAAAGUUCAUGCUGUUGACCAUUUAUAAUACUUCAUCCCUACGAGCAAAUCUAUUAUAUUUCGAAAGAAUUUAAGAAUUAUCGCUCCUCAAUUAUUUCCACAAUAUUUUCCGAUUCCAAACCUUUGUGGGAAAGGGAGUGAAAAAACUGUGAGAAAAUAGAGAUUUCUAAAAUUAUAUUCUUCACUUUGUAUAUCAGUAUUUUCGGGAUUCAUACACGAAAUAAUGUACAUAGAAUAUUUAUAGAUUUAGAAUAUAAUAAUUUUUUAAUAUUUAUUUCUUCGAUCGAAACUUACAAAUAGUUUGGUUCAAAAAAAUUGUGACAGUUUCGCAGAAAUGUAUCAAAAAAUUCAUCACUACAUUUUUGUAAUAAAGAACUGUCAAAUAUAAAA